GUUACUGUUUUCUUUUGAAUGUAGUUGUGAAAAUAACCAUUGAGAUGGUUAUGGCCUGGAAAGAAAAGGUAGGGAGGUGGAAAAGGAGCCAGCUGGGAAGAAAAGAGGUGUUUGCAAUAAGGUGUAGCUCGGCUGGUGGCAAAAGUGGGGUGAAAGGCUUGUGGAGUUUGUGAGCUGCUCCUGUUGUCACCUGCCCAGGGGCUCAUUCAUGGUACUUUUUCAGAGUGACGAAUCACUGUUGGCUCCAGAGUGAGACGCUUGUUUUACUGAGGCUCAUUUCAAAAUUAAUCUAAAAUAAUGGUACCUUCUGCAUUCCAGGCCAGGUUGGAUGGGCCUUGGGUAGCCUGAUCUGGUGGGACACGUCCCUGCCCAUCGCAGGGGCUGGAACUGGAUGAUUUUUAAGGUCCCUUCCAACACUAACUCUAUGAUUCUAUGGUUGUGGAGGAAGAUGCAGGAAUGUCAGAUAAUUUGGAAAUAAGGGGAAGAAGAGGACAUUGAUUUGAAAAAGCAAAAAGAGUCUCGUUUCCCUAUAAAAAGGAGGAGAUAAGAAGGGUAAUGGGGACAUGGUCUUUAAAGGGUCAAAUUAGGUCCUUGUGGAAAAUGGGCCCAAGUCAAAUUUCUCUGGUAAAGCUGCAAAAAGACUGUUGCUUGUAUUUUAACAUGGCAAAGUUGUUGUUCCUUUCUGAGUGAUGGCAAGUGUGGGUGACAGUACCCAAGUCUUCCAAAUCUUACAGCGGGUUGUGACUGAGAUGCUUAGAAAGCGCGUGUCCCACAGCAACCGCCCAUCCCACAGGUGGGGGGGUCAUCUGCUGCAGCGAACAGUGGGAGAGCCUUUGAACAUCCUGGCUGCCUCUGGAGGGGACAGAUGCUUUUCCCUUUGACUGGUGACUCUUCUGCCAGCCUGAAGGUCCCAUGUGUGAAAUGGGGCUACCGAAAAUGCGUCGGGAGUGAAGGGGGGCAUCCCUCCCUCUGGCCACUAGGCUUUGCUGUGACUGUGUGCGCCUGCGCAUACGUGUGCUCUGUACGUAUGUACAUGUACAAACAUAUGAGUCCUCAGUCACAGCAUUUCUCUCUUGUGCACAUUUCUGCUGCAGGCCUGCACGCAGCCACCUCUGAACACAUCCUGAAGAGCAGGAUAGAACCUCUACCAGUAGCACAAAGUGCUUUCACAGGAAGGCUUUACUGUCUUUUUUUCCUGGCUUAAUUCCCAUCUUCAAAUAGGGAAAGUCUCCAGGCUGAAGGAGCCAAGUGGGGCAGGUGCAAGAGGUGAGGCAGCCCCGGCUCAAACCCAUAAAGGCGGAGGAGGGGAAGGUGCUGGGAGCAGGAUGGCCUCAGCUGAGAAGAGGCAGCGAUGGAGGAAGAGGAUAAGGCAGCCCAUGGAGGUAGCUGCUCAGGAAAUGAAGGAUUCUGUUAAAAGCUCAGAAUACACAGAAGGACAGGCGCAUAAAUACAUGCAGAAGUGCACGGCAGAGUCAAGUACAGAGUCAGAGUCUGAAUCCAGCAUGGAGAUUGUGCCUCGCCUGCUUGCUGGAGGACUCGGGAAAGCAAGGGACUCCAAGGGACUGCAGUUUUUAGAUCCUUAUGAUGGUGAUUCAGAAGAUUCAUCUGUUCCCUCUGACUGUAGCUUGAAUUCUUUACAUGGAACAGAAGUUGCACCAUGGCUCAACGGUGCCCUAGAAGCAACGGCUUUGGAAGAUGAUGCUACUUCAGAAGACAGAGAGCCCUUCCCUGAACCUCCAGACUGGUUCUGCCCAGAAGCAAGGGUCAGUGAAAUUCAGGCUGUAAGUGACUGUAAAGCACCCCUACAACUUCCUAGCCAAGAGAAGAAUUUCCCAAGAGCCUUGUUACAAUCAUCUGAGCGGACUAGAGCCACAGAAGCAUUUACCUCCCUAGGGCUUACACCUGACCGUUCCUUACCGGUGGGUAUCAAACCUUCCAGCUGCUGCAGAUCAAUGACCAAACGGUCCCUCCUUAAAAGAAAACAAGAGACCUCUAUUUCAGAGGGCACUAGCGAAGAAGAAAGAAGAAAGAAAUUCUCUGUGGCUUAAUUUGAGUUACGAAUAAAUCAUUGGAUAACCUGUUCCUUCUGAAGAGUGAACCUGGUAGUGGUUUCUUUUGCAGAUGGUACCUGAACUGAACAAGCUUUAUAGAAACUAGCUUAGGCCUGUUACAACUGCAGCUGCGCUGGGUACUGCAGGCUUUGAGCACCACCUGAAAAGACAGAAUCAACUAAACAAGCUUGUGUGGCAAUUGAAGUGCAAACUAGCUAAGUGUGCCCACACAAUCCCACUGCCAAGCUUUACGCCUGGGUGCUUAAAUCCCGCGUCCAGUACUUGGAGGCACCUGCUCAGUUUCAGUGCAACUUCAAUAAAGUAUCACAAGGGUUUGUGGAAGAAGGAAGGGAGAAUGAUGAUAUGCAUGUAGUUCCUAUCUCUGUUCCUCUAAACUGGAUAUAAGAACUACAAGCAGCAGACAAAGAUUACAUGAUGCACUGGCCUGGGAUUCAUUCUUUCUAAGGUAAUAAACGCAGCUGGGACAGUUCAACUUGGAGACCAGCUAUAGGAGGAAACAGUAUAGGCAGCAAGAAUUCUGUUUCAGUAACUAGCAGGUACCUGCUGAAACAAGCAUGUGAGGCAGACUGGGAUAAUAAUUGUUCCUCCCAGUACAGGCCUCUGCUGUAGAACCACUUAUGAAAAUAAAAAUACUCUAGUUGAUGCAGGUUCAGAAAGUCCAGGCUUCCACAGAAGAAAUCACUGGAAGGAAGGAGCUCCUCAGGUUUCUGUUUUGAGAUUGAAAAGGUUUGCAGCUGCAUCGUUCACGUGCAUCUUUGAACGCUUGAUAGUAACACUGUUAAGAGAGGACAGCUGCUCUGCCAAGUUGGUCAGAAAGGUAGAACGCUUACCCAAUGAACAUGGUAUCACAGAAAGCAAGUGAACACCUAAACCAUUACAGCACAUCUCAGCGCCCUCAAUAUGGUAACAGUUGGUCACAUGUGAGUGUCUGAAAUAAGACUGUAACUCCUUGGUUAAGCAUUUAAUACUAUCCUCCAGGUCUUAAAGAGACAGGAAAUCGAAGCUUUAUUCCACCUUAUAAAAGCAGCUUAAGAAAAAGGAAGCCCUGCGGUCAACAGGACAAGAAAGUCUUGUUUAGGAUACUCUAGCUUCUGAGUGCAGCUGUGUGAAGGCAAAUUACCUCAAGCAAGAGCCAUGUCAUCACAAAUAAUUCAUGUAAUGUCAUUAGCAGAUCAUGUCAAGCUUUAUGUGUUACUGCACUGAAAAACUUACAUUCCAAGGUUUUUGUUACUAGGGGUCUGCGGAACCAGAU